GUCAUCCAUGCUCCAAUUCCAAGUCCAGAAUGAGCUAUUUGGUGUCGCAGAUGACUCUAUUUGGCUUGCUAAGAGUGACAUUCAAGAAUUGUGCACCAUGCAAUACUUGGGAGCCCAACAAAUAGGAGUUUGGUGCAAGUACCUUAAAGAAAGACUGUUGGACAUGGGUGGGUUGAAUCGAGUCUAUGAAUUUUUGAAUCCGGGUGCGAUUGCCACCGAUGCAGGGGAUGAGAGUAAUCGUUGCCAAGCACUAGUCGCUCGAAUGACUAGGAUGACUAAUUCAGAGAAAUGGCUUAUUGCCCCAUAUAAUAAUAGGAAGAUGUUUCACUGGAUGCUUGUAGUCAUCCAGCCAAGUACGCAGACGGUGGCGUACUUGGAUUCAGGCAACGACGACAUCCCGGAUGAUUUGAACUUUAUUAUAUCCACAUCGUUCACAAUGUAUAACCGAAUGGUAUGACGACCUGAUCGACCUAACCA